UUUUUGAGGGCAAAGUACAAACACGUGGCUUCUAAGUCUCUAAGAUUGUUCUCAAGCUAGCUUCUAUGAGCUGCCAAAGGUGGUAUGAAUGAAUUCAGGAAGCAGUUUCUCUUUCCUAACUUACCUGUGGCCAACUGGUAUCCAGGGCACAUGGCAAAAGGUUUGAGGAUCAUGUCCAAGAGGCUGUUGUAUUGUGACUAUGUAAUAGAAGUUCAUGAUGCAAGAAUUCCAUUUUCGGGACGUAAUCCCAACUUCGACUUGAUGCUGAAAGGAAUACCGAAGCUUCUUGUCCUGAACAAGGUUGAUCUAUGCGACCAAUCAAAGUGCAUGGAGGUGGCCACAAGACUUAGGGAUGAAGGAGAGAAAGACUUGCUAUUCAGCAACAUGAGGAAACAACACCACAAGAGUGUCAAAGAACUAAUGAGCAAGAUCAAGAAGGCGACACAGUCGAUGGGUGACGAUAGUAAAGCUCUCAAACUGAUGGUGGUUGGUAUGCCCAAUGUCGGCAAGUCCUCUCUCAUCAACGCUCUCAGGAGAAACAAUCUAGGGAGAGGGAGAGCAACUGCUGUUGGAAAACUACCUGGUGUGACUAGAAGUGUACUGUUCAAGAUUCGGAUUUGUGAGCAUCCUGAAAUAUUCUUGUAUGAUACCCCUGGUGUGAUGAUCCCUAAAAUUGAUUCUGAAGAAUCUGCUCUGAAAUUAGCCAUCACAGGCAUACUCAAAGACAACAUCAUGAAUGAUUAUCUGAUAGCUGACUACCUUCUGUUCAUUCUCAACCAGCAUCGCCAGUUCGACUAUGCUAAGUUCUAUGGGCUGCCAGAACCAAUGGAUGAUAUUGCAGUGGUCCUGAGCCGUAUUGCCAAGCGUUUGGGAGCCCUCCAGAAAGGUGGGUCUCUUGAUAUCGUGAGAGCAGCCAUCCAUUUCAUACACAAGUAUAGAAAUGGUGAGUUAGGGAGAAUAACACUCGACCAGAUCACUACCUCAGAACAGUUAGCGUCAGGACAAAUCAGUACUUAAUAUAAUGGUAAUCACAGUAGCAAUCUUUUUGAGAAUUAUUUUUUCAUUUUUAAUAUUCAUUGUGCCCAACAAUUAACCAUUUUCUUGAAGGUUCAGAUACAAAUUUUUGUGUGGGAA